AUGGGAGAUAGCGAGACAUCGACAGUAUACGUAGCUGAAGUCCAGGGCAUUGUCUCGGCUCUCGAGAUGGUGAUCGAGGAUGCCAAAAAAGGAAACAGAAGAAAGAGAGCAGUUGUCUUUACAGAUAAUCAAGCUGCUAUCAGGACAUUCCAGAUGCCAACCGGCAGAUCCGGCGCAUAUAUUAUCGCAAGAGCUAUAUCUCUUAUAGAUAAAAUACAACAAGAUCUUGAGCUAGAAAUAGAAUUAAGAUGGAUACCAGCUCAUAUAGGCUUAUGCGGAAACGAAGCGGCCGAUAGAGCAGCCAAGGAAGAUGUGAAUGCGGCGAGGGACGACAAACCGUGGAGCAUAUCUUGUUAA